GGCCUCAAAGCCUGAUGGGAAGCUGCUGAACGUCCUUGUCCUACAGAGUGCACACCGACUCCCUGUCAUUCACGCGUGUUUGACUAAAAUACCACUUUUGACAUGAUGGCAGCCAGGUUUCUCCGCCGUGCCGUGCCCGCGCUGAGGCAGACUCGCUCCUACGCCGAGGCGGCGUCCGGCGGGGCGCAGAUGUCCUUCACUUUCGCCUCUCCGACGCAGGUGUUUUUCAAAGAGGCCAGUGUGAAACAGGUGGAUGUGCCCACACUUACCGGUGCGUUUGGUAUCCUUCCUGCCCACGUGCCCACCCUGCAGGUGCUCAGACCCGGCAUUGUCACAGUCCUCAACGACGACGGCUCCGCUGCCAAAUACUUCGUGAGCAGUGGGUCGAUAACAGUCAACGCUGAUUCUUCAGUACAACUGCUCGCUGAGGAGGCUGUUCCUCUGGACCAGCUGGACGCUGCAGCAGCCAAGGCCAACCUGGAGAAGGCCCAGUCCGAAAUGGCCAGGGCAUCUGACGAGGCGGCGAGGGCAGAAGUCCAGAUCUGCAUAGAGGCCAACGAGGCCAUCGUCAAGGCCCUCGAGUAGACAGCUGCCACAUCCUACAUUCGUUGCUUCGAUGGAUACAGUUGUCCCUCUGUGAUUCCAGCUCGGUCCCGUCAGUGUCCAGGGGACUCAUUCUUUCUUUGUACAGUGGAUGAAACUAGAAAUAAAUUUAUUUGGAAUUUCCA